CUCUGAUAUUUGCCAGAACCUGCGUUUUCGAUUGGAUUGUUCGCCUCGUACUGCUGCUACUACUGCCAGCUGAAGAUCUCCUCGACGAGGCAUCGCAUAUGGCGUCCUAGGACGCAAUGAUCAGACGAGAGACUCACGUUACGCGCAUCGAUGGCAAAUGGCGGCUCGGUGGGCACUCCAAACCCUCAAUUUCCAACACAUAAUGCUCCCCGAGUGUGGCUCUUGACCUCAGGAGACUCUCCAAUUGGCAUAUCGACUGCCCGCCAGGUGCUUGAUCACGGUGACUAUGUUGUGUCCGGCAUCAUUCAAGCUGAGUUUGAGAAUGACGGGGCUCGGAGUCAAGAGUUCAAGAGGUUCCUCUCCCAGGUUGGACGAACACCUGGGAUGAAGGAGCGGCUAAAAGUGGUGGCCCUAGAUAUCAGGGUAGUUGGACAGUGUCAGGCGGCCGUUGCAGAGGCCGUGCAUACCUUUCGAAAGAUCGACAUCCUCUUUUGCUGUACUAGUGAAGCAGUGAUUGGGACUGUCGAAGAACUUUCAGCCAGUUCUCGGACCCUGACGCUGGUGCGAGAUCAGUUCGAGAAGAAUUUCUUCGGUCCGAUGAAUAUCAUCAAAGCCGUCAUCCCCCAAAUGCGCUCACAAAUGAAUGGUCACAUCAUUGCCCUCACCGGCAUCACAGGUCAUCUUGGGACACCAGGGUUGAGUAUGUAUUGUGCGUCUGGGUGGGCAUUGGAAGGCUUUUGUGAUAGCAUCGCCUAUGAGAUUGCGCCCUUCAACAUUAAAUUGACGAUUGUCCAAGCGAGCGUCGAGAUCGGAAUCUUAACCAACAAGAUCACUUCAGCACCGCCAAUGAAGGCCUAUACCCGAGAAUUUGGUCACACAGCUCCAAUAUUUCGAGGGAUCUUGGAUGGCUUACUGAAUCGCCUGCCUGGUAUUCGUGCCCAAUAUCCUCCUCCGCCCGAGACAGAAAUUCAGUCGCCUUCGUCGGAAGCCGAGAGGCAGAGCGGGCCUUACCUCCUCAGUCGUGACGAGGUAGUCAGCUUGUAUCCACCUCUUAGUCAUGCACAUACAGAAAAAUUGAUUGCAGAGACUGUCCAUGCGUUGACAGCAAUUGGUGGCCAUGAAAACCCACCUGCCCGUCACAUUGUCGGGGUCGAGGGAGUGGCUAGCGUGAAGGAGAAGCUGAAAACAGUGAGCGAGGAGCUGGAGGAAUUUGUCGAUACCAGUGCAUCAGCCGAUAUUGUCGCACGGCAGGGGGUUGGUGGACCUGCACGUGCAGCCAGUAUCGUAGACGUGGACAUCAAGGAUCUUGAGAGCGACAUCUUCGAUGCUUCAUUAGGCUUGAGAUAGCAGAAGUUUUGUCUUGGGCAGCUGCAUGCAUUCAAUUCCGGAAACACUUUCCUGGGUGCUUUCAAGCAAUCAGGAUUCAGCGUCGUCCACCUUGUUCGUAUCUUCUAUCCCUG